AUGCUUGGCAAGCAAGGUUGGCGGCUCUUAUUCAACAUAGACUCCCUUGCUAGUAAAGUGUUCAAAGCUAGAUACUUUCCCCAUGGUGACUAUCUCUCGGCUGAGUUGGGAUCGAAUCCGAGCUUUAUUUGGAGUAGUAUUUUUGCUGCAAAAGAUACAGUGAAGCUAGGCCUAAGGAAGAGAAUCGGCCCUGGUACUUCAGUUCAAAUUACUAUCGAUCCUUGGCUUCCUAGCUUGGAUCACUCUGUCCCUGUUCCUAUGGUUCAAGGACUUGAGAAUUUUACUGUUAACAGCCUGUUCCAAGUCCACAAUCGCUGCUGGGAUAGUGAUGUUGUGAAGGAUUUUUUCUCCCCCACUGAUGCGGCUAUCAUCCUUGGAAUACCCAUUGACCAAUCUGGUGACGUCAACUCCUGGUAUUGGGCUGCUGAGAAGAACGGGUUCUACUCCGUUCGUAGUGCAUAUAAUUUAUUCCAGGAUCAAAAACAUCAUUCGGCCAACACAGUGAGCAAUAAGUUUUGGAAGAUCUUGUGGACCCUCAAAGUGCCUCCCAAAGCCAAAGAUCUCGUCUGGAGAGCGGCCUCAAACUGCCUUGCAACAAAAAGAAACUUGUGUAUCAAGAAGGUAUUGGUGGAAAGUAAUUGUCCUAUGUGCGAUGUCUUCGCUGAAACUGAAUGGCACUUACUGGUGGCCUGCGAUUUCGCUUGGUCUUGCUUCAAUGUUGCUGGUUUGGCUGCUGUAGCAAGGGACUCUUUCUCUUCUUUGCUGUCGUGGCUUGAAGCUACUGCUAGUUCUGUCACCAGUGAGAUGUUGGGGCGAGUAAUAAUGUUGUGUUGGGCUUUAUGGGCAGCAAGAAACGACCUGGUGUGGAAGCAGCGGGUAAGAAGGGUGAGUGAUGUGGUGGCUUUUGCAAAUUUGAGUCUUGACCAAUGGAUAAAAGCUCAAGGAAAGGGUAAUCUACCCUUGUUGUCUCCCCUUAAAGAGCGAGAUGGUGCGGAGCAGUGGAUAAAACCGUCUUCGGGUAUCAAGCUCAAUGUAGAUGCGGCCAUUUUUGCCUCCUCCUUCAAGCAUGGCUUCGGAUGUGUGGUGAGAAACUCAGAUGGUGAUCUGGUCUCUGUUUUUGCAGGGAUCAAGGAUGGCUCGGUGGCUCCUGAACUGGCCGAAAGCAUAGGUAUUAGGGAGGCUUUAAGCUGGCUCAAAGACAAUGCUUACACACGGGCUAUUAUCGAGACGGAUAGCCUUGUCUGUGUUGAAGCUAUUCGGAGCGAAGAAACUCUAGUCUCUGCGUUUGGAUUGGUGGUUGAUGAUUGCAAAAAUAUCCUUAAAAAUUUGUUCAAUGUUUCGAUUUCAUUUGUUAAGCGUUCUGCGAACUGUGCUGCACACUAUGUUGCCCGGCACUCUGUUACUUUAGCUGAACGUAUGUUUCCCAUUAACAGUGUUCCUUUGAACUUUAUGUCUAUCCUGGAGAGCGAUUGCUCAUUUUAA